GGUGGCACGUGUGCUUAAUGUUGUGUGUAUAAAUAAUGAUUUGUUUGUUGGAGAAAAAGUAUAACUAUAAUUAAACUUGUUUAUAAUUUUGUUUAAAUCACACGAAGUCGGAUAUUCGAAAGUUUUUGAAUCCUAAUGGUGUAGUUUUGUUGAGGCAAAUGAAAAGCCCCAAACCCGAAUACUCGAGCUUAAUUUUUCUCUAAUACAUUGUAAAAGAUAAAUGAGGCCACUGCUUCCAAUAGCAACUUGGCAAUAGAUAAUAUACUCGUAUAUUUGAAUGACAACAGAGAAUCUCAACGGCACCGUACUCAACUAUGAAUGUGUGUGCACACAUAUAUAUUUGUUUUAAAUCUUUUCGACCAAAUCGAUUACAUUUUGGAGCAGUGGGUGUGUGCUAACUCCACUUAUCAAGCAAAUGUUUGGUUAAAGUCAUGUAUGUACUUGGUCUGGUGAGCGCCCUUAUGUCGGGAAUUUGAGUGGAGACUGGAACAUUUUUGUUCAUAAAAUGCCCAGCAGUGAAGCUUGUGUAAACAAACUGCUGACGGAAAUACAGGAGUCGGUGCUUGUGUACAUAGCAGAGUCGUUGUUGCACACAAAGGUGUAUGUGUGUUGAAAGCUAAACAGUGGAUGAACUGGUGUAUAUAUACAAAAAUGCAUUGCUUUUAUAAAAGAAUAAAGAUAGCAUAAAAUAGGAUGAAUGGAAGCAGAUGAUUUGUGAUUUAAAAAAAAUUCAAAUAAGGGAUAAGUACUGAAUGUUUUUCAGUGAAACUCAUAUGCGUAAAUAACGAAACUGAAAAGUUGUAAAGAAGAAAACAAUUAAACUCAGUUAAAAUUUCCGUAAAAUGUGGAUCAAAAACACCAUCUAGUUUACUAUUAUUAUCAAAAAUGCAUGCAUCACAGAAGCGAAAAAACGUCGCCAUAAGUAUUAGUAUAUCUAAAUAAAAAAACGACGAUUUACUUUAUUGUUAUUAUAAAAUAAAAUGUUUUUACCGACGUUCCUCAACACGGCCAUGCCAAUAUAUGUAAAUACCAUUUUAAAUCAGACUACACAAUGAAGCUUUAGUUGCCUUAAAAGCUAAAGGAUUUUCCCUUCAGAUGUACUGGAGUGAUAAAGAAAACUAUCAUGUUGCACUGGUGAAGUAAAGUUUUUCUAUUGCCUUUGUUCGUACUUUUUUGCGAGCCGUAUGAACACAAAUCUGUUCGCAGAUAGUGCCAACGAGUGUGGCAUAUUCAUUCAAUUAAAAAGAGGUAGUUGAAGCGAGUUUGCGUUCGGAACAUAGACGUCAAAAUCAGCUGCCAGUUAAGAGUGUUGGAGUUCUGGGAGUGCUUUGGAAUCAGUCUUACGGCGAGUAAAUUGCAAGAAUAAAGGUACAAAGUAGGUAAUAUUAUGUCUGGUUUUGUGAGCGACAGUGGAACGUCGGCCGAUUUGGUCAUCAAUAGCAGAGUAGUGGCGGUGGUUUCUGCAACUUCGGUGGCAACAGUUGCGGCGACCACGUUUGUUAGUUCUCCUAAUCAAACGGACACCAAAAGUCCAUGCAUACAAAUGGAAAUGUCUGCGGCAUCACCGAUUCGUUGCUCUCAGGUGACGGAUGCAAAUAAUGAUUUAAAUAAUGAAGAUAACUCUGUUCACGACAAUGGGAACACCAUGAACCUUUCAUUAAUGCAAACAUCACCACCACCUCAUAGUUAUCGGCAUUCACGAGCCUACCGUCAUUUUAAGAAUCCACCACAGCCACAUAUGUGCAUUCGCACAACCACAGAGACAGGUGAAGAACUUUUUAUUAAUGUACUAAGUUGGACGCGAAUCGUAAUACCACAAGAACCCACUGAUCCCAUACCUUUGUACGGUGGAAUGCGGGUGCCUCCAGGAAGUCCACGCAGUCCCCCGAUUGUUUUUGCUGUUAUGGCGAAUCCGGAAGUGCUGAAAGAUUCAGGACGCCACAGCAAAGACCCAGAGGAGCGCAGAGCUAUGGUUGAAUUAAUGUGUGAUUUUGUAGAAGCAAUGAAUCCUGGUGUGAAAUUAGUAAGGAAUGCUGUUAUUUUGAAAGAUCGUGAUAUAUCUGGAGAGCUAAAAGACGUAUGGAAUGCGGUACAAGCUCAAAGAGAUCGAGAACGGGAAGAACAAAUGCUUCAGCAACGACAACAACAACACUUUCACAACGUCACCACCCAACAAAUGUUUCCAAAAUCUGCGGAAUCUAUAAGAAUUUCUGAAGAGAAGCAGAAUAGUGUCAUUAAUCCAGAAAAGGUGAACAAAGUUCCCCUAGAUAGUCUAGUUGAAAGAUCCAUAGCAGUAAGAGAUUCUGCGCCGUCAGAAAGUAAAAAUUCAAGUGCAGUGCAAGAUUACGAACUUAGCAGAAUAGACGCCACGAAAAUUAAUCACCUUAAAGAAAAAAAUGCAUUAUGUGCCAAGGUUUCAAUCGAGGAAAAUGCAAGUGGAGGUGAAGAUGCGUUUAGUACAUACGUUGACGGAAAGGACCAAAUCGAUGCUACUAACAAGUUGUCCUCAAAACUCAGUGCCAAUGGUAAUAUGGAAGCAUCUGUGAAAACACUAUCCGGUACAGAGACAAUUGGAGGAGACAAUACUGAGAGUAAGGGUACUCAAUCUGGAAAUCACUCUCUUUCGCCUUCUAGUACAGUGGUUACGGCAGCAGCACCUGUUAUAAAAAACACAAUCGCAGGUUCCGAGAAUCUUUCAACUUCCAAUUCUACAAAAAUUGUCACGCUUGUUUCUGCUACAGCUUCAACAACUUCCACAAAAAAGGAUAAACUAGUUGGAUUUUUACCUAACGGAUGUAUAUUUCCCCGGUUUAAGAAUUACAAAAACAAAGAAAAGGACAAAGACAAAGAAAAGGAGACCAAAACAAAGGAAAAAACUCUCCUAAAUGCUUUAAAAAAAAGUAAAGAUAAAAAAGUUGCUCCUAUUGAAAAUUGUGAAAAAACAUCGGGGGAAACUGAUCAAAAAAUAAAUUAUGAAAAGAACUGCAGUCACUUAGAGAACGAGGUACAAAAGUUGGAUCUGAAUAAAAUCGAAACAUCCGCUAGUGGCGACAAUAUGUUUGUUAAGCUGAAACUGGCUGCCACCUCGGCGACAGCAAAAUAGGCAGGUGAAAUUCUCGAUCCGUUGGGCUCCAAAGAAUAAAUUAAUAUGGGGUACACUUACCAAUCCCUAUUCCUAAAUUAUACAAAUUCUAAAACACCGACUGACAAAGUUUAGAACAUAGUCUCAAUACUGCCGAAAGCGAAUGAGGGAAAUAGAAAUGUAUGUAAAUACACAAUUAGUACAUAAAUUGGUUUGCAUUCGGCGGCCACUUUAGUCGAACGGAUUUAUGCGUGACUACCAUUCACAGGAGGUCACGAGGACACGAAACCUACUAAGGGCAUGAAACACCAAAUCAUAGAAAAUGUUUUUUUUUCCUAAUAGCAGCCGCCCCUCGGCAGACAAUGGUAACCCUGCCAGUGUAUUUCUGCUAUAAAAAUCUCCUCAUAGAAAGCCGUUUGUCGUUCGGAGGCGGGCAUGUAGGUCCCUCCAUAUGUGGAGCAACAUCAAGUUGCGUGUCACAAAACUGGAAGAGGAGAUAGGGCAAACAUUUAACAAAGGAUGUACGCGCCGAUUAUAUACAUAAAUAUUUAUAUAUAUUACCAAAUUCUUUGUGGGGGUUACCUCCAUUCAUAUUUUGUAUUUGACUUUAUGCUAUAUUUUAAAGCUAUUUAUCCAUAUCCUGUAUAAAAGUAAGCUAAGCCAGUUGUCUGAGAUAUUCAAAUAUUUUCUUAUGUACAGUAAUAUUUCUCAUAAAUAGCGUUACCAAAAUACUCAAACGGCCUAGGAAACAUUUUCUUAUAUAUUAAAGAGAGAUCAAAAAUAUUAGAGAGCAAAAACUUCAACAAAAGCAAUUACGAUUUAGUAUUUGGUGUUAGCUGGAACGCCGUUAUUUUUAACUUGAAUACCCUGUUUGUGCUGGAGGAAGUGGUUUUUAGUAUAAACUGCCGAAAUAAAACAUGCUGGGCUUUAUGCAUUUUGGUAACAUACCUAUGAACAAAAUAAAUUUGUAAAUAUAGGUGUAGAAUUAGUCAGUAGUUAGAUUAGGGUACUUGAUAAGUUGUAGUAUGUAUGUAAAAACAUUGUGUUACAGCGAAAAAUUGAGGAAUAAGCACAGUUCGUAAGUAAAGGAGAGUAUAAGAUAUAUACAAUUUAAGUAAUAAGAACAACAAAAAUAUGUAAUUGUAUUUAAUUAAGUCACAAAAAUGGAAAGUACACAAAACUUAUACAAUAUAGAACAGCAAUAUAUGAAUUCGUAAGUUUGUAACUUUAUAUAAAAAUUAAUAUAUACAUAUACCUACAUCAUGACUUUUAUUAGAUGUGUAUAAAAAAUAAAGCUCAGGACGAAUGGCUUCGAACAUAAAAAAAGAAAUAUAUACAAGCAGGUGACGAUUAACAUUUUUCGAUUAAAUAAUGAGCAGGUAAGAGUUAUUAAAACAUCACAAAACAAUUUUGUCAUCAAUAAAAAGCAAGUAGAGAUUGAUAUACAUUUUAUGUUGAA